UUCCACCCCCCGGCUUUGGCCACCCUGCAACCCCCGAGGCUCCGACAUAACCUCAAACGACGGAGACCUCGCGUUUUCAGUCGGUCCGUAACGGGCGCGAUGGUAGGGUGCCAAUAAAUAUCGGACCCUCGGCCCAAUGUUAUGUCGUGCGUCGCGUUACGAUAUCUUAUACGGCUGAUGUGUGGUGAGUGAAAUACCCGAUUAUACACGCGAAUGAUAAAAUCAACUGCGGUGAACUACAAUCUACGGGGCCUGUUUGUCGUCCUCGCUGGUGAGAUUUCUGCAACGAGUUCAACGGAGACGGAUCACACUAUAUACGCCCCAUGCUCUACUAGAGGACACAAUUUUUUCACCCUGCGUUACACGUCAAGUCGACGAGAUUAAAGAUGAAGUGGCCGCUGAUCUUGGUCUGGUUCCUCUCAUCGAGUUCCAGCAUCCUGGCUGCACCCACCGAAGAAUCUACCCGUUGCGAAUUUCCAAGUCACUGGCGAGGCAGCUGGUUCCAGUCUGGUGUCCCAGGACUGGUUACCAUUAAUGGAUCCAUAAUCACGAACAAAGGUCAAUGCGUCGCAGUCGGUGACGGCGAUAAGUUCCUCGUACAAGAUCAGGAGAAGUGUUAUCGUUGCAUAGUUAUGCACGAGAAACAUCGCAACGUACUGCAGUACAAGGAGACUUAUUGCCUGUCCGAUCGACCGAAUCCGAAGGAACUUUGCAGCGAGCUGGCAGGGGAUGCUGCGCUCUUCUCUUUGUUUCGCGUCGGUGCGCCACCCACUUCGUGUCCUUUCAAAGGGCCCUUGGAAUUCACGUAUGUUCGAGGCGACCACGAGUGUCGAACUCCUGCAUCCUCGGCAGAAACUUGCACCCAAGAAUCUCGUCUGCUGUUACGUUAUCAGGCCUGUGCCGAUGUGCCAUCUACAGAGAGUACGCAAGUGGAAUUGGAAUGUCUUGCGGCUUGGAGGGAGGGCAGCACGCAGUAUCUCGUUGCUCGUCUACACAGUGAACGAAUUGACAACGAUGAAAAUCGCUACAGGUGUUUCAUUUACGCCAAAAAGACUGCGGACACGUGGACUCUCUCUCAGAGUGGUGACGCAACCUGCAAUGGACUAACCGGCGUGAACGACGGCGCAAAAAUUUUAACGAUGCGACAAAAACCCGCAUCGGAGGGUUGUGAAUAUCCCCACUGGAUGGUGUCUGCUGGAACGUGGGUCGCCCUGGACUCCGUGGCUCGUCUUCUGGUUUCACCCCGAAAUCUGACGAUACGUGAUCGAAAUGAGACACGAUUCGUGUGUCACAGACUCAUCAGCUCUGACAAACCCUCUACGCAAUCGAAUCGACAGGUCACCCUUGUAGCAAAGGCUACUCGCGAAUGCGAGAAUGGAUAUGUAUGCCUCAUCUUCCAUGAGAGGGAUGGCUACGUGAUUGAAAUGCAGCAGUCGGAACGUUGGACACAGCAACCAGACGAGGCAUGCAGUUCGAAUGCGUUUAAUCCGCUUGCAACACCGUACACGACAUUCAUUACAUCCGAACCACUAUCUCGGACCUGCCCUCACUUUGGCCGAUACGAAGUUAUCUCAGCGACGAAAUCCCGUCCGAUCGAUUACAUGGAGAAGGUAGUGGCUCCUGAAAGUGAACAAAAUCCAGAGGAAGAAGUCGAUUCAGAGUUUCCGGAAGUAAAGGCAUCGUCCCCCUCAUCGUCACCAAGAAGACGGUGCGAUCAUGCCAAUGUCCGCGGAUUGCAUAUUGGUUGUCGAAGUCCCGACAGCAUGGAGUUUUCCACAACCUGCUCGGAUGAAACCACCUUCGUGUACUCCUGCCAUGGCACCUGGGUUGAAAAUGAUACAGUUUACUUAGUGGCGAGUACAGAGGCAGGACGUUAUUGUCUAAUUUACACUACACCCACUUCCGUAACCCCAAGCACAGAUCUUUCCGUAACGGGACAUCUCGCCUCCUGUCCAAGAGCUUCUCAUCCCAGCCCAAGAAUAUCUCAUCCACACCAACACGUGUGGCAAGUCAACCUCACAGCGUAUGCUCAGUGCGGCGAGACAUCCUCGGCGAUUUCUUGGGCGUCAGAGAAGAACGACCACUUCACGUUAUUCGGCGUCUUGACGUGCGCCAUCUUAAGUCGAUACAUCGAGAGAUGAUGGCGAUGAACCUAAAGCCUCUAACGGCGACUCUGUAUAGUAAUGCAUAAUUUUAGAGAUCGGAGAAAGUAACACUAAUCAUAUAGGUUUUUAAGGAUGGAAGUGUGUAUUUUGAAAUGGAGACGAUUAAGUAAACGGGUACGCGGCACGACAGCUUGCGAAUACGGCAGUCAGUCAGGGUGUUGAGGCUUUGCGGAUGCAUGUAAAUAAACGCUAGCACGUUUUCAAAUGCAUUUUCUUCGCACUUGCGUAUUUAUUUAUCUACAUCUUAAUAGAUGAAUGAUAUAUGCGAGUGCGCUCGAAACGGAAGCACUCGUUCACUUCGUUGGGAUCGAUGAGAGCUCGCGGUAACUCGAAGUAUCCUCACACUUUGCACGUCUCGUAUUUCUCUAGAAAGUCCGUCCGCCAAUGACCAUUCUAAAAGGAUCAGCUGAUUGUUCCCAGGCGGAUUACAAAAUGACGUGUUCUUUGUGUCGUUCGUAUGAGUCUUCUUUUUAAAAAGCGCAAUGGAAGAGGUACUGGUACCUGUAUAUAGACAAAAGUUUACUUUAUCCAGUUUCCGUUUAAUGAUUUUAAAAAAGCAAUCCUGAAGUUCAAUGAACUUUAGGCAUUGAUGAGUUUUCUUAUUGGAACGAUCUCAAUCUUCAAAGUAUGAUAUUAUAUGUAUACAUAGAAAUACGUUUUUUUUUUGCUGUUACAAUCAUACGAAGCACUAUUGGCGAUCAGAAAUGCUACUUUAUUCGUGAAUAUGCUGAUUGUACAAUCACGUGAAUGGUCUUAUACGAUGUGCGGUUCUUAUCGGGACGUAUUUGUUCCUGAUUUUUACGAUCGAUUACGUACUUGGUGCAGUGAAUAUCUGAGCGCAUCAUUCAAAAUUCGAAGUCUCGUAACAUCGAUGGAAAAUGUUAUUUACACACGCGAAGGCCGCGUUGUAGCUAGAAUUGGUGAGGAAUCGUGUUACUAUGGUGUGCGUUCACGUCGAAAUUGGGAGAAAUCUAAACCAAGGUUAGACUCAGUUAGCGAAUUCUACUGAGAAUUCAUUUUUUCUUUUUCCAGAAAAUCCUAGAUUUUAAUUAACCCCAGAUUUUUUUCACGUACUUAAUGACCGAUUCAUUGAAUUAGAAAUAUACAGGGUGUUCGUUAUGAAACGCACUGUAGUAACA